UAUCACGAUUGUGUAUCAAAAGUAUGGGCUGAUUCGACGCAAUCGUAUUGUAGUAGUAUAAUUCAGAUUUUUUCCUGAUAAACAAUGCAAUUGAUGGUUGCAAAGAGUUGUGACAACGCAUAUUGUUCGUCUAAGAGAAUUUUAAAAAAUAUGGCAAUGUAAAUACUCUGAUUCUUUGAGAGGAUCUGAUUUGUAAUCUGGCCAGAAAUUGACUUCGAUGUCAAGUUUAUCUGUGAUCAGAGUUACCUAAACUCCUCCGCUCAGCAUUUUUUAAAAGACAUAUUUAAAAAAACUAACUCGUUUGCCAUAGAUACUUGUCACACUUUGGUCCAUGUGAAAUGACUACUGAUAAAUAGCCAGCAGCUAGCCCCGACUAGUAUCGGAAACAAUUUUUCUAUGUUGUCUCUGUCUAGUCCUGGGGCUAACAAGCUGACACAAUGCUGAAAUCAUCAAUCAACUGCUACAGUUUAUUUCGCCUCUGGUCAUUCAAUCGUCUAGCAUUUUGUUGUGGAUAUAUACCGGGCUACAAACUGCUAACAUCAAUGCAAAUGUCCAAUUUUCGUUGCCACUUCUUGAAUGGCUCCAAAUUGAUUGGACUUUGGUGUCAUUGGUGAAAGUGGUGCAGCCAAACAACACGCUUGAAUUGAAUCCACAUGCAAUAAUUACAACACACAUAUUGGGAAACACUUGAAACCUGGCAUCAUGUCUGACAAUGAGAGCUCUCCCAAGAGAUUGAGAUUAGAUGAGGAGGUCAGUACUAUAGAUGCAAAUUUGCCAAAUAUGGAAGAGGGAAAACCUGUGGAAUGCCCAUUCAAGAAUAACCUGGAUGUGCAAUCAGACGAGGAUGACAGCAUGAAUUUUACAAGUGUUCUUAGAUCUGAUUCAAAUUACAACAUUAAUCGAGAGAAUUUCGAACAAGACAGCGAUUUCUCGAAACAUAGUAGCCGGAAUGUACAAAAUGGUUAUGACCAGAGUAACGACAAUGAUUCAAAUCUUAGUGGACAUGAUCCUUGUACCAAUGAUGAAUUGAGACAUUUUGACGUUCUCGAUGAUUUGGAAAGACACCCAGAUCAAGGUGGCUCUGAUUCUGACACAGAAUCAACUGAUAGUAUGGAUUCUGAUGUGCCAGAUGAAGAAAUAGAAGCCAUGCUCGAAGAGGGUCUGCCUGACGAAUUUAAAGGAAAGCGUAGAAAAAAAUCAGACGCAAUGCCGUACGAGGAAAAAGAAAAAUUGGUUUUAGAUGAAAUUGGUCACAAUCACUUUGACGUUCUACCAGAAGGGUGGGUUCAAGUGACCCACAACAGUGGCCUACCGUUAUACUUGCACAAGCAGAGUCGUGUUUGUACAUUAGCUAAACCAUAUUUCCUUGGACCAGGUAGUGUGCGUAAGCAUGAAGUACCUGUCAGUGCUGUGCCCUGCUUGCAGUACAGAAGAGCAUUGCAGGAGGAAGAAAAAGAAGAAGAAAAGAGAAGAAAGGAAAGAGAAAAAGAACCUGCUGCAGAGACGUGUAGCUUACCCAGUGCUAAAAUUGAAACUAUUCAAGAAAAUAGGGCAGCACAUUCUCUAGACAGUGAACAACUCAGAAAUUACUGUCAAGCUUUGUUUCGCUUCAAAGCAAUUAAAGUCAUGAGAUUUCAGUCGUGGUCAGCACGAAGAAAGUUUACAAAGAACAAGAAGCAUCGCAAACAGCUGGAACGGCCCACGUUACCUGAUGGCACCAAAUUAAUAACCUUUCCAGUUGGUGGAGCUGGAGUAUCUGGGAACAAUAGUACAAUUGCAGGUGAUGAUAGUGGGGGACAAAGGCCUCCAAAACACUGGAUUAUGAAUCCGUCUGGAAAAAGUUAUGUGUGUAUUCUGCAUGAAUAUGUACAACAUGCUCUGAAGAAGCAGCCAACUUAUAAAUUUAAGGAGUUAGAAAAUGCGUCGACGCCAUACUCAGCAGUGGUAUGCAUAAAUGAAAUGGAAUAUGGCAGUGGUUUCGGUAGCAGCAAAAAACAAGCAAAAGCCAAUGCAGCCCGCAAAACACUCGAAAUCCUAAUUCCUCAGAUGCGUGAUAAGAUUUCAGGAGAGUCAGGAGACGGAACUGGAAAUAAUUCUAAUAGGGCUCUCAAGGCUUCACGAGGGACAUCGGAGGCUGACCUCUCUUUCUUUGACGAAAUUACAAUAACUGAUCCACGGGUAGCUGAGUUUUGUGCAAAAACGACAGAGCCUUCACCUCAUGCAAUUUUGAUUACUUGUCUACAGAGGAAUUUUGGCCUUGGCGAUAUGCAUAUAAACUAUUCUGUCAAUACGUUGAAACACCAACGCAAUGAGUUCACAAUGCGUGUUGGUAAACAUGAAGCUACUGUGGUAUGUCGAAAUAAAAAAGAUGGUAAACAACGUGCAGCACAAGCAAUCUUGCAACGAUUACAUCCGCACAUACAGUCAUGGGGCUCACUGUUAAGAUUGUACGGAUCACGGAGUGUAAAAUCUUUCAAAGAAAAAAAGCAGUUAGAACAGGAAAUCACGCUGCUACAGGGUAAGGCUUUGGUAAAUCAGCCAAAUCAUGCAAUUUUAGGUAAGCUUAGACAGGAAAUGAGAAUGUUGGCUGAACAACGAAAGGCCAUUCAACCAAUAGGUAAAUUUCUACCACCAGAUUUACCAACCGGUUCUGCUGCUAACUUAAACAAUGUUGACUUAUAACACUCUAGUCUAAUUUAGCAUCAAUCAGUAUUCGUAAAUAGGAAAUAACGCGAUGUCAGUAAUUGAAAGUAAUCAGGUAGAAUCAUAAUUUUUCAACCCCCAGUUGUUUCAUAACAUAGUGCAUUAAGGCACCAUAUUGGUGCUACUGAACUGAAUAAACAAUAUAGUAUGUAAAUCGAUAGAUUAACACACUUAUACAUGUGCAUGGGCUUUCCAUCCUUAUUUUUCCCAACGGUUUGGGUUGCCGCGUGAAGCGUGCAGAGGUAGUUUUGAUAUAAUUUAGACAUGUUUUAGGUAGAACUCUCAGAUUAAGAUACAUGAAUAAUUCAUUUCUUUUUCACUGUAAUGUCUCGAGCCUCGCAUUGAAUUAAAGAAUGUUGCAUUCAUAUUUAUAUUCAGCUUCAUCCAAAAGUAUUUGUUUGAAAGUAAGUUUGAAAGUUUUUUCAAUGCAUUAUUGAAACAAGCAGGUUUGGGCU